AUGGCUUCCGAGGGAACGGCUCGAGCUAAUACUGGUAGUAGUGAAGCAGGAGAACCCAUUACUGCACAGCAGAUGAUGGAACUUCUACGUACGCAGGCUGCAGCUUUUGCGGCCCAGCAACCUCAACAGCCAAUAGAGCCAGUGGUAACCUUUAAAAUGUUUCAAUCUAUGCAUCCUCCAGAAUUCAAAGGAACAGCGGAUCCAAUUGAGGCCAGGAAUUGGCUGAAAGAGAUUGAGAAGGCAUUUGAAUUGGUUCGAGUAGGGAAUGAACAGAAAACUGGAUUCGUGAGUUACUUUCUGAAAGGCGAAGCUAAUUACUGGUGGGACUCUCGGAAAGUAGUGGAAGGUACGGGUACAGUUACUUGGGAAAGAUUUACGGAGUUAUUUCUUGAAAAGUACUUUCCUACUUAUAUGCAAGAUCAAAUGGAAGUUAAGUUUUUAGAGUUGAAACAUGGAAAUAUGAGUGUAGCAGAUUAUGAAGCAAAAUUUACAGAGCUUUCUAGGUUUGUCCCCGACUAUGUCGAUACCGAGGGGAAAAGAGCAAAACGAUUUCAGCAGGGACUGAAACCUUGGAUCAGAAGCAGGGUAGCUAUGUUUGAGUUGAAAGAUUAUACAGUUGUUGUCCAGAAAGCAAUGAUUAUUGAAGGAGAAAGUGAUUUCUCUCAGAAAGAGAAAGAAGGAAAGAAGAGGAAGAUGGAAGCAUCUGAAGGAAGUCAACACUAG